AGCAGCCUACGUGACAAUAUUCCACCGGCAAAAAAUUUGCCCUGUUUGGAAGGCGGAUCCGUGGGGGCAUCAGCCCACCCCGAGCCCAGCUUCCGCGUGGAAAGACGCCCUGCCUCUGGACGUCGGACAACCAUCGCUCCGAUUGUCUCGUCUAUUCCUCAUCUCGUGGAUGGUGGCGGCGUCCUAUCUCUGUUGCUGUUGAUGAUUUCUUGAACGCACGACGAACGCGAGCUAUGUCGAACCCUACCAAAUCACAGCCAUGUCAAAGGAAGGUGCAAGGGCGUCCUGGAACUCAACAUAUGAGAAGGGUUUAGUCGAUGUACUACAUGACAACAAAGAUAACCCAAAGUUGAAGGGUCAAAAUGGAUGGAAUUCAGAGGGAUGGAAGUGUAUCACUGCUAAGUUUAAUGAAAGGUUCUCUUUGGCUCAUUUCACAAAACAACAAUUACAAGAGAAGGACAAAGAACUUAAAUCAAGUUAUAAAGCAGUAAGAGAUUCAAGAAAAGAAAGUUGGACUGGUUGGAAUGACUCCCUAUGUAUGAUAUUAGCUGAACCAGAGGUUUGGGCAAGGUUGAUUAGUGCUCACCCAAAGGUUGCAAGGUUUCGCAAGAAGCCAUUUCCUCUUUUCUACUCUUUAGAAGCACUUUAUGAAGAGUGCUAAGUGGAAGCAACACUUGAAGCUGACAUGGAGAAGAAAAAUGGAACAACAAUCCACAUGAAGCUUGUAAAAAAGAAGUUAAACUAAUAAUUUAUUCUAGUGUCAAAGUUCAUAAUGACUGGACUUGUACUCUGUUAUUAUGCUAUAAUAAUUUGUUGAAUAUUAGAUGAUCAUGUCAUGUGCUGUUUUUUUUACAUUUUUAGUGAUGUUUCAUUGUGUUUUUGUUUU